AAUUUAGAGAGAGAGAGAGAGAGAAUGUGGAAGCUCAAGAUAGCGGAGGGCGGGCCGUGGCUGACUAGCAUGAACAACCACGUCGGGCGGCAGCACUGGGAGUUCGACCCCGCAGCCGGGACGCUGGAGGAGAGGGCGGAGGUCGAGAGGGUCAGGGAUGAGUUCACGAGGAACCGGUUUCGGAUCAAGCAGAGCUCCGAUCUCCUCAUGAGGAUGCAGCUCACUAAGGAGAACCCAAGUCGGCCGAUUCCACCGCCGGUGAAGUUGCAGGAGGCUGAAGAAAUGACGGAGGAAGCAGUGACCACCGCGCUGCAGAGGGCCAUCAGCUUCCACUCAUCCAUUCAGGCCCACGAUGGCCAUUGGCCCUCAGAGAACGCUGGGCCCUUGUUCUUCUUUCCUCCCAUGGUCUUUGCACUGUACAUUACGGGAGCGAUGAAUGCAAUAUUUUCUCCGGAGCACAGGAAGGAAAUCAAACGUUACAUAUACAACCACCAGAACGAAGAUGGAGGUUGGGGAUUUCAUAUAGAAGGGCAUAGCACCAUGUUUGGCUCUGCACUCAGCUACAUCACACUGAGAUUGCUUGGAGAAGGGCUUGAAGAUGGCGAGGAUGGAGCCAUGGCCAGAGGAAGGAAAUGGAUUCUUGAUCACGGUGGUCUUGUGGGGACUCCAUCUUGGGGAAAAUUUUGGCUCACGGUACUAGGUGUUUAUGAAUGGGCAGGGUGCAAUCCACUGCCCCCAGAAUUUUGGCUUCUUCCAAGGAAACUUUUCAUCCACCCUGGUAACAUGCUGUGCUAUUGUCGUCUCGUUUACAUGCCCAUGUCAUACUUGUAUGGGAGGAGGUUCGUCGGUCCCAUCACCGGACUGAUCUUAUCAUUGAGACAAGAGCUCUACACCGAGCCCUAUCAUGAAAUAAGUUGGAACAAAGCAAGGAAUACUGUUGCAAAGGAGGAUUUAUACUACCCUCAUCCUCUAGUACAAGAUAUGCUAUGGGGAUUCCUUCACCACGUCGCAGAGCCAGCUUUGAAGCGCUGGCCGUUUUCCAUGAUAAGAGAGAUGGCUCUGAAAGUGGCGAUCAAGCACGUACAUUAUGAGGACGAGAACAGCAGAUAUCUGACCAUUGGAUGUGUGGAAAAGGUUUUAUGUUUGAUUGCUUGUUGGGUGGAAGAUCCGAAUUCAGAAGCCUACAAACGUCAUCUUGCCAGAAUUCCAGACUACUAUUGGAUAGCUGAAGAUGGACUUAAAAUGCAGACCUUCGGCAGUCAAAUGUGGGAUGCGGCUUUUGCCAUCCAAGCGAUCAUGUCAAGUAACCUAACAGAAGAGUAUGCAACUACACUACGAAAAGGGCACAAUUUUGUGAAAGCUUCUCAGGUCCGAGACAACCCAUCUGGUGACUUUGAAGCAAUGUACAGACACAUAUCUAAAGGAGCAUGGACAUUUGCUAUGCAAGAUCAUGGUUGGCAAGUUUCUGAUUGUACAGCUGAAGGGCUAAAGACAGCGCUUUUGUUUUCGCAAAUGUCACCUGACCUGGUGGGUGAGAAGAUGGAAACAGAGCGAUUCUACGAUGCUGUGAAUGUUAUUCUUUCCCUACAAAGUAGCAAUGGCGGUUUUCCUGCUUGGGAGCCACAAAGAGCGUAUGCAUGGUUGGAGAAGUUCAAUCCUACAGAAUUCUUUGAGGACACCCUUAUUGAAAGAGAAUACGUGGAGUGCACUUCGUCAGCAGUCCAAGGCCUCGCGCUCUUUAAAAAGUUGCACCCCAAGCAUCGCCGAAAGGAAAUCGACAGCUGCGUCACAAGAGCAAUAGACUACAUCGAAAACACUCAGUUGCCGGAUGGUUCAUGGUAUGGAUGCUGGGGAGUUUGCUACACCUAUGGCACAUGGUUUGCAGUAGAAGGGCUUGCGGCUUGUGGGAAGAACCACCGCAACAGUCCAACCCUGAGAAAAGCUUGUGAGUUCUUGCUGUCAAAACAGUUGCCUUGUGGCGGAUGGGGGGAGAGUUAUUUGUCUAGCCAGAAUAAGGUUUACACAAAUUUGGAAGGAAACCGACCAAACUUGGUUCAGACAGCAUGGGCUUUGUUGUCCCUUAUUGAUGCAGGACAGGCCGAGAUAGAUCCAACACCCAUCCAUCGUGGAGUCAAAGUGCUAAUCAAUUCACAGAUGGACGAUGGUGAUUUUCCUCAACAGGAAAUCACCGGAGUAUUCAUGAGAAAUUGUACAUUGAACUACUCAUCAUAUAGGAACAUCUUCCCAAUUUGGGCUCUUGGAGAAUACCGUCGGCGGGUUUUGUUCGCAUAAAGCUUUGGACAUGAGGACGGGUCGUGAUGUAAUAAAUCGUCAUUUAGAAACUCCAUGUUUGUCAGUUUAAAUAAUGCAUUUAAUUUAUAUGCUUUGUAUUACUUAGUUACGUCAAAUAAUUGUACAAAUCUCGAGUGUACGGCUUAGCAAAGCUAAUACCGUUUGGAGAACACUAUAUGCAAUGAUGAUCGUUUCUUUUUGGAUUUUUCUUGUUUAA